ACUGCUCUACUUGGAUGCAUAAUUGUGCUGGAAGUGGAGACCAGGAGUGUAUUGGGAAAGGUUUCCAACAUGCCUGCUCUUACUCUCCUCCCCUGGCAUCCCCUCGUGGCACCUGGGAGAGGAAAACUGGGCCAGGUAGACCUUGAUCUUGGGUUAUAAUGCAGUUUUACUUACAUGGGCUCUGUCUCUUUUGAUGUACUGCAAGUAUCACAAUAUCACCCAGAUGUUCAUAGAGAGUGGUAUGCUCUGUGUCUUGAUAUAGAAUCUCCCAAGGAGAUCACUGAACUCUUUGCUGCUUCUUCUCUUCCACAGGAGGAAAUUCUGUUGACUCCCUGGAGAAGUUUUCCUUUUGAAGACUCAGACACAUUUGCCUUCACGGGGCAGGAUGAAGAGAAAUGGGAUUUUGUCCUUGUGAGUGACAUCCAUGAAAUGGGCAGUGAGAAAGAGAUCAAGAGGAAGAAGUUCCUGGAUGAGCUGAGCAAGAAGGGGUUCACCAUCAAGAAAAUUGAGGACAGGAAGCUAUUUUAUGGGGUCCGUGCCCCAAAACACUUCUUCCGGAAAUACCAAUGGCUCUUGAGGAACCCCGACAGCAGGCUGCAAGACCUCAAUGCCCAGCAGGACGUACCAGUGACCACCAGGAUACGGAUCGUGAACUUCAUCUUGCAUAACACAGUGACACCCGACCUCGAGAAGCUGCGUGACCUCAUGAAGAAGAAUGUCUUUGAGGCAGCGUUUCCACUGCACGAGAAAGAAGAGGUAAGGGAAUUUCUGAAGGAGAAAUGGGCCCGCUGGAGAGAUAUAUUUUGCCAACAGCCAAUUGAGAAGAUCAGAUGCUAUUUUGGUGAAAAGGUGGCCCUCUACUUCACCUGGCUUGGCUGGUACACCUACUUGCUGGGAUUUGCUGCAGGGGUUGGACUGGUGGUCUUUGUGGCUGGGAUUACUGUUUUCAAUUCCAGCCAGGUGAGCAAGGAAAUAUGUGAAGCCAAUGACACCCUCAUGUGCCCACUCUGUGACCAGAAGUGCCCAUUCUGGCUGCUCGCUGACACCUGCAUGUAUGCCAGGGUCACUCACAUGAUUGACAACGAAGGGACAGUUGUGUUUGCCAUGUUCAUGGCAAUUUGGGCCACUGUAUUCCUGGAGUUGUGGAAGAGGCAGAGAGCCCAAGUGGUCACCAACUGGGAUCUGUAUGGGUGGGACGAGGAUGAGGAGGAGCUAGCUAUGGAGCUGAUCAACAAUUUGCAGCAUGAACCUCGGCGGUAUCGGCACUCUUACUUGCGCAGCACCAUUGUGCUCCUCUUGGUUCUGCUCAUGAUUGUUGUACUGAUUGGCAUUGCCCAUGCACUUGUCAUUUAUCGGGUGGUCGCCACGGCUCUCUUCACCCAGAGUGAUUCCGAGUUCUUCCGUGAGCAGGCUAACCUGGUGGCAGUGAUAACAGGGGCCGUGCUGCACUACAUCACCAUUGUCGUCAUGACCAAGAUCAACAGACGCGUGGCCCUCUUUCUCUGUGACCUAGAGAAACCACGGACCUUCUCCCAGCAUGAGAACACCUUUACCAUAAAGAUCUUCAUCUUCCAGUUUUUGACAAACUUUUCUUCGCUCAUCUACAUUGCUUUCUUUCUGGGGAGGAUCAAUGGCCACCCAGGGAACUAUGUGCGCAUUGCUGGCAAGUGGAGGCUGGAGGAGUGUCACCCUAGCGGCUGCAUCACUGACCUCUUCAUCCAGAUGGCCAUCAUCAUGAUGCUUAAGCAAACCAUCAGCAAUGUGGUGGAGUACCUUGUCCCCUGGCUAGCCCACAAAAUACGCAAGAGGCAGAAGCGCCCCAAGAAGAAACACCUGGUGUUGGGGGAGGAGGAGGAGGUUGAGGACCCCUGCAAAAAGCAGUGGCUCAUCAACUAUCAACUCAACGAGGUCAACAUCUUCAGCUUGUUUGAUGAAUUCUUGGAGAUGGUGAUCCAGUACAGCUUCACCACCAUUUUUGUUGCUGCCUUUCCUCUGGCCCCAUUGCUGGCGUUCUUCAACAACCUCUUUGAGAUUCGCCUGGAUGCCAUCAAGAUGACACGGCUGCGCCGGCGCAUGGUGCCCAGGAAGACCAAUGACAUUGGAAUUUGGCUGCAGGUCCUGGAAGCCAUUGGCAUCCUGGCUGUCAUCGGGAAUGGAUUGGUGAUUGCCAUCACAUCUGACUUCAUCCCUGUGCAGGUCUACAAGUACACAUACAGCCCCUGCAUGAAAGAAAACAACACUGCUGUUGACUGCUUGACUGGCUACAUCAACCACAGCCUCUCUGUCUUCCAUAUCAAGCACUUUGAGCCAGACACAAAUCUGGCUGUAGAGAUCUUAGAUUUGGUCAAGAAUGGGACCACAGUGUGCAGGUACCGGGAUUACAGGAAUGAUGAGGACUACAGCUACACUGUCCAGUUCUGGCAUGUCUUUGCAGCCCGGCUUGCCUUCCUCAUCCUCUUUGAGCAUGUGGCUCUGUGCGUCAAACUGAUUGCAGCCUGGUAUGUCCCUGAUGUGCCCCUGUCAGUUAAGAAUCAUCUUCUGGAUGAAAAGCACAACAACCUUCGGAAAGAACUGAGCAUGAUGGAGUACUCCACUGAAGUGUAGCCUCCUCUCAUGGAAGAAAGUGAAACAAGGACUUGAGCCCCUCUCCCCAGCCUGCCAGCACAGCCAGAGAGGCAUUCAUGAGCUCUGGCUGUCACCAACCAUGGACUUGAACUGGGGAGUGAUGAGGUGACAGCUGCUUCACAGGAGCAGGAUGCUUAUAACUAGUACAGCCACAAAGAGGAAGAAAGUGGCAGCAGAGGUGGGAAUAGCAUCUUCCCAGCAAACUCAGCAGCCGAGGAAGAGCUAUGACACAAUGGAGCCAGGCUCCUCAGCACCAUGCAGAGAGCUCAGCAUGUUUGGCAGCAUCCAGCCAUCACUGGGUAAGCAUGACACUGGCCUGCAGGAGGUGCCCUGGCUUCCAUAUCAGUCAUUGCCUUCACGUGCCGUGUAGCAUCAUGGGAAAAAGUGGCUACCUCAUUCCAGGUUCCCUCUCCAGAUCUUCCUUACACUUUGGCCCCCUCUUCCUCUGCUUUCACUGACCUCCCUGCUCUCACACUGUAAAGAAGGUUCAGUCCUUCCUCUUUCACGAAAGCCACCACAGUCUGCCUCACAGCACAACUACUGCAUAGCUGUGGUUCCAAACCAUCCUUUCCCCGAUCUUUAGUAAAUUGCACUUAUUAUCCUGAUUGUCUUUUGCACAGGGCCCUACCAUGCCCCCACAUCUGCUUUAAC